CUGUUGACGCGUUGCCAUGGGGACACGAGGCUCAUGUUCGCGCGCACUGCAACGGUCGCGCUCCCACGGGAGAUCUUCAUCAUCAUUGUCAUCAUCAUCAUCGUUAUCUUCAUCGUCUCAGCUAUCUUCGUCUUCAUCAUGGAGCGGUAUGAGGUGAUCCGGCAGAUCGGCCAAGGCGCAUUCGGAAAGGCGCUGCUGGUCAAACGGAGACGCGGGGACGAGCAGCUCUACGUCAUCAAGGAGAUCAGCCUCACUCAGCUGUCCGCUCGGGAUAAGGAGGCGUCCAGAAAAGAAGUGACUCUUCUGUCCAAAAUGAAGCAUCCGAACAUUGUGGCGUUUCAUGAAUCAUUUUACGACAGGAAUCGCCUCUACAUCCUGAUGGAGUUCUGUGACUCAGGAGAUAUGAUGAACAGAAUCAAGAUGCAGAGAGGAAAACCAUUCAGUGAGGCACAGAUAGUGGACUGGUUUGUUCAGAUGUGUCUGGGACUGAAGCACAUUCACGACAGGAAGAUCCUGCACAGAGACAUUAAAGCUCAGAACAUCUUCCUGACCCGAGGAGGACUCAAGGUCAAACUGGGAGACUUCGGCAUCGCCAGAAUGCUGAACAACACGAUGGAGCUGGUGAAGACGUGUGUCGGGACGCCAUAUUACCUGUCGCCAGAGAUCUGUGAGAACAAGCCUUACAACAACAAAACGGACAUCUGGUCUCUCGGUUGUGUCCUGUACGAGCUCUGCACUCUCAGACAUCCAUUCGAGGGCAGUAGCCUGAAGCAGCUGGUGUUGUGUAUCUGCGGUGGGCGCUUCAGGCCGGUGUCGGAGCACUACAGCCCUGAGCUGCGGCUGAUGCUGAACCUGCUGUUCAAGAUCCGCCCGCGAGACCGACCGUCUGCUAACACACUGCUCAAACACCCACUGCUGCACACACACAUCAGCAAACACCUGGACACGCAGUUGUUGGAGGAAGAGUUCAGUCACACAGUUCUUCACAGACACACACCAGCAGCACACAAAGCCUCCAAAAACACAGAUCAGGUAUCCAGAGAUCCAGUGCGCUGUAAACCUGCUGUAAAACCUGCUGUCAUCAGACCCGUGCAGAGAGCCAAUCAGAGACGGCCGACAGCAAAACUGCAGCAGGUGAAGGCUCAGAGUCCUGCUGUGUUCAGAGCUGGUGUUGAGCACAGAUGUAGGAGUCCAGCAGAGCUGCAGAAAGAACCAGAUCAGGAUCAACAUGAGGAUCAGGAUCAGCAUCAGGAUCAGCAUAGACCCGCAGCUCUGGAGCCCUUCAGACUUGUGGCGGCGGCGAGAGACGAGUAUCUGCAGAGGAGACGGGAAGCACAUCAGUAUAAACUCAGAGCUCAGAAACAGCUGGGUCUCAGGCCGUCCACAGCAGAUGCUAAAGGGUGUCAGCAGGUCAACAGCCCAGAGCAUCAUGGGAAGAGAGCAUCUCAGAGAAAGCAGCAGGAGGAGUACCUGCAGCAGCUCCAGCUCAUCAGACAGCAGUAUCAUCAUGAUGUCAGACAGAUGAGGAUGAGGCCAGAUGUUGAGGAGACCCCUGAGGCAGCAGGAACAGACGGACACACACACAGGAAACAGCAGCAGAGAGGAAUCAUGUUUGAGAUCAAGCUGAUGGAGGAGAAGAAGACGGAGGAGAACGAGGAGUCAGAGGAUGAGCCCCUGAACGACACACUGACGUUUGCACAGGCAGAAAAGCUUCAGAUUCCACCACACGGUGCUCUGGACAGACAGGAAGAGGAGGAGGAAGAGGAGGAGCCAGGGAUGAAGAGGGGCCAAUGGGGUCGUGGCGCUGCAGAGACUUUACUGAACGCUCUGGAGAACAUGAACAUGACUGACAGCACCACUGACACAUCACUGACAGUUUCAGAAGAGCAGGAAGGAGGAAACAGAAAACACUGGACACACAGACUGCCGCACACACUCCUGAAUGCACUCGCUCAAGCGGAGCUCACUGACUGCAGCACAGAUACACUGCUGUCAUCAGAUGAAGAGGAAGGUGGAGAAGUGGAGGAGGAUGAAGAGCGCCUGCAGCCUCCAUCAGAUGAUGAAGACACGAUCUUCGAGGACUCAGAUGAUGAGCUCUGGCAGCAGAUCUGUGACUCCAUGAGGAACCUGCUGACCACACAGGAGAUGCAGGAGCACGGCGACACACAGGACGUGCCCGAGGACAGUGUUGUGGAUAAUGUGGAGAGCGAGCGGCCUGAGGACGAGUCUCAGAGAAACACAGCAGACUGAAGACACUGAACACCAGCAUCUAAACCAGGGUUCCUCCAGAACACACUGAGACGGACGCAGAGGUGUUGUGCUUCUCUUUAUCUUUAUUUAUUAUGUGUUCAGCGCUGUACAACACUGGAAAUGAAGGACUGAAGCGUUCAUCGACAGCACAAACACACACAGUGUUCCUCCUCCACAUCAGUCAUGUGGAGAUCCUCAUUUAAAGGCAGGGGUGCAGCAGGCCCUAUGACUAAAGGUCUUGUGCAUGGAACUGAA